AAGCUAAUGGAAAGGACGGACAUUGUUGGUGGGCAAUCUUCUCCUGUUGCCCCGCCGGUACCACCUCCGUUGCCUGGUCCAGCAACGCCCAUUUAUCACCGGCAGGGGUUGAUGAUGAAUGAAUCGCCACUGAGAGGGCAUUGCUGUGUCUCUACAUCCACAAGGAACUUGUGGGAUGGUCUCUUUGAUGGAGGCUACAGAGCAGAGGUUGUUGUUUAUACUGAUAAUGGUGGCGUUAUCUUUGCUCAUGCCAAUAUUCUUGCAAGCCUCCUCAUUUUUGUCAAUCAAUUGAGGCUUGUUAAAGCAAUCCACAGGCCUUGGCCGGAGAAAAUCAAUAUCUAUCCGAGGUGUUCCACGGGAUGCAGUUCGAGCUUUUAUCCGCAGAAGGAAUUGAGGUAUGGGAAAGAGGAAGUCAAAAGCAAAGCUGCCGCCAAGGAAGAGGAUGGACAAGCUUUACACUGUUUUCAGUUACCCCUUCUGCAACCAUGGCACCAGCGUUGAGUGCAAAAUGAGGAAGAUGUGAUUGGUUCCAUAUCAUAAUCAUGGAAAACUGAUCUAAUCAUUGUAAGUGGCAUCACAUAAAAUUACCAUCUUUGUGAUCUACGACAUGCUUGUUCCAACGUAUAAGGGGCAUCACAUCACACUCGGAUUUCACUUUUGCUGUAGAACCUACUAAGACAAUGAAAAAUAAUUCAUCAG